AUGUACAGGGAAAACAAUAUUUAGAUAAGACGACGGAUGAAAUAUUUCCUGGUCCAAUCUUCUCAGCUGUGACAGUCAAGUCAUCAGGAAUGAACAUUUUGUUAGGAGAGCAGCACAUUUGAGCGAGAAACACUGAACAGACUGGAUCAGAAUGGAUGAGAUUACAGAAAUAUCCCACGGUCACGAACAAGGCAUUUGUCUUCCUGACUGUCCUAAACUGAGAAUUGUCCUGGUUGGAGUGACAGAAUCUGGGAAAAGUGCUGCUGGUAAUGCCAUUCUGGGCAAGAAAGCCUUUGACGAGGUUGGGGUGAAGACCCGAAUGAGUUUGUCAUGUCAGGGUCUUGUGAGAGGACAGCAGGUGCUGGUGGUUGACACCCCAGGUUGGGAAUGGUUUAAUGUCAAUGGCUCCUCUGCAUGGUCUGUGAAGAAGGAGAUAAUGAGAAGUAUGAGUCUGUGCCAGCCUGGAGCCCAUGCCCUGCUGCUGGUGGUGCCACUGUCCUUCUCGUUCUCCCAGCGUGAACGUCGUGCUGUGGAGGAACAUGUAGAGCUGUUUGGUCCAGAAGCCUGGAGUUACAGCUUGGUGCUCUUCACCAUUUUAGACAGAAAGCAGUUACGUGGCUCCACCUUAAAGAAAGAAGUGAUGUUGAACGUGGAGCUACACAGGCUGAUUGUCAAAUGUGGAGGCCGUUUCUGUGCUCUGUACAGCAAUCCCAAAGCAGGGGAGGACCAGGUGGCUGGUCUUCUGGCAAAGAUCAAGAAAAUGGUGGCUACCAAUGAGGAGACUAUGCUCUCCAGUGAGAAGGUGUUGGAACGGGCCAGAGAAAUGGAGGAAGAAGAGCUCAGAAGAUUGGAGGAAGAACGAAAAAGAGAUGAGAAAAUAGAAAAAGUGAGAGAGUUAAGAAGAUCGGGAAGGAAAAUGACCCAACGGACAGUGGAUGAACAGAAAUAUUCAGCUAGGUACAAUAUUAGCAGUGACCAGCCUCUAAGUAGCAGAAGCAGCGUUCGUCAGAGCUGCAAACAACAAUGAACGACAGAAAGGAAAGGACCUCGCUUAAAACACAAACAUCCACCACUGCAACAUCCACA